CGUCUUUCUGACUUCGAGAAGCUCAGGUCUCGUGAGGAAUUGGGUGAUGACUUUGAGUGAUGGUAGAUGACCUGGAGACCCAAGUGGCCAGCCUAUUUUCAAUUGGAUUGCUGCCCCACUCUAAAGAGGGCAGUGACUUUCUGCUCCCUGAUUCGCCCAUUUGCCAACUUCCUCCAACUUCUCAACGUCGACCUCGGCCUCAUCAACUAACUCACUUGAGACACUCACCCACCCACAAACGUCUUCUCAAAUCACACCUUCCCUACUGGAUUAGAGAGAGACGCUAUGACACUUCGACUUUGAGUACCAUUCUUUGACUGGACCCUUUGCACCGUUUUCCUGAAGCCCGACUUCAAUCUGAGUCUUUAUCGAACGCCUCGUUUCCCAUAAGACGGCUGAUUUGCUACCGAGCGCUCGGCUGUACGAGGUAGCCUUACUUACCCCAGACAAACAAACAAGAAAAAAAGCUGCUUUAUAUCAAUUUCAAGCA